CACACUGAUACAAAAACAGGAAGGAGUGUAUACGUUUUGAAUAAGGAAUAAAAAUUAAGUAUAGGCCUACUGCAGGGAAGAAAAAACAUAUUUAAGAUUAUCACAGUUUUGGAUCAUAGGACUCCAAGUCCAGUCAAACGUGUUGGCUGAGCCUCUUUUCGUUUCUGAGCUUUACUUUCUAUAGUUUCAUAACAUCAUCAUGUCUCUAGGUAGAGAGCAGACAGCUGAUCAGCUGCCUGUGAAACAAACGAAAGUAAGACUUUGUGUUAUUCAGCGUCCACUCCACGUUACUGAUUUCAUUACAUGGUCGCCAGAACCCGUUUUGACAUAAACAUGACAACUGGCGGGGACUGUGCAACGCAGAGUGAAGUAAAAAGCAGCAGAGAUGAAAAGAAACAGGAAUAUCUGUCUACAUAUGAAGACAGCACUCAUUCCAUCAUCACACAAGAAAACACAAACAGCAAGUCUGAAGAGAUGAAGGAAACUAAAGUGGAUGAUGCUCCCGUAAAUGUAGGAGAACAGUCGAAAUACUCCUGUGAACAAGGCCUGGAUGAGGAGACAAAGACAGAGAAGCAGAAACCAAGAGCCACAGAGUGUCGGCAGCCCGUUGAGGCUAAUUCAGAAGAUCUGACAGGCGAGGUGAAAAACAAACAGGGUGAAGACAUUAUUAUGGAAGAACUGAAAGGAGACGAAGUGGAACACAAAAGAAAUGUCAGCGAUAGAGACCCUGAUGAUGACGAAAACACACAGAUGGGGCACAGUGAAGAGGAUGAGGGACAGAUAAGAAAAAGCUUGAAGAAAGAGGCACUCAGUCUUCAGGCUAGAGGAGAGGAGGGUGAUGCAGAAAGUGUAAAGAUUGACAUAUCAGUCGAAGAAACAAGUCAUGACAUAAACAUGACAACUGGCGGGGACUGUGCAACGCAGAGUAAAUUGAUAAACAGUGGAGAUGAAGAGGCACAGAAAUAUCUGUCUACAUAUGAAGACAGCACUCAUUCCAGCAUCACGCAAGAAAACACAAAUGAACUGAAAGAAGAUGAUGCUCCCCUAGAUCUUAGAGAAAAGACUGCUUACUGCAGAGAACAACGUCUGGAUGAAGAGAAAAAGACAGACAAGAAGAAGCAAAGAGGGAGUCAGCCACAGAAGCGCCAUUAUGGCCUGUAUAAUCAGGGAGCCACGUGUUACCUCAGCAGUGUCCUGCAAGUUCUCUUCAUGACAACAGAGAUCCACGACAGGUUGGAUCCAGAAUUUCAAACAGAUCUUCAGCUGAGAAACGUCUUUGAAGACUUGAAGAAAAAUACAUGUGGAACAGAAAGUAUCACAAAGAGUUUGGAGAUUCAAAAUGUUUAUCAACAAUGUGAUGCAGCUGAAUGCCUGGAGUUGAUUUUACGUAAGAUCGGCCAACGAGCCUCUGAGGUUUUCCAAGGAGAGCUGAGAUACACAACAAAGUGCUCCAAAGGCCACAGCAUCAAUGAAGAGAUAAAGACAUUCUCUACUCUUCCACUGUCACUGAAAGAUACCCACGAUACAACCUACAAUUUGGAAAGGAGCUUUGAAAGGACUUUCGAGUCUAAAUCAUUUACUGGAGACAACAAGGUUUACUGUAACAUAUGUAACAAGAAAACAGAGGCAACAAGAAGAUGGGAGAUGGUGAAAUCUCCUCAGAUUUUGACUCUGCUCCUCAAGAGAUUUGACUUUGACUACAACACCAUGUCACACGUCAAAUCAAACUGCUGUGUGGAUGUGCCACGUGAAUUACAGAGAGAGACGUACAAACUGUAUGGGAUGGUGAACCACAUGGGCAGUCUAAAAGGUGGACAUUACACAGCCACCAUCCUGUCUGAUGAGGACAAAACCUGGUACGACUGUAAUGAUGCUCAUGUCAACAAGGUUGAAGAACAACCAUUUGCAAAAUCCAGGACUUACAACUCCGGUACUGUGUAUCUUCUCAUGUACAGAGCCACAGAGUGUCGGCAGCCCGUUGAGGCUAAUUCAGAAGAUCUGACAGGCGAGGUGAAAAACAAACAGGGUGAAGACAUUAUUAUGGAAGAACUGAAAGGAGACGAAGUGGAACACAAAAGAAAUGUCAGCGAUAGAGACCGUGAUGAUGACGAAAACACACAGAUGGGGCACAGUGAAGAGGAUGAGGGACAGAUAAGAAAAAGCUUGAAGAAAGAGGCACUCAGUCUUCAGGCUAGAGGAGAGGAGGGUGAUGCAGAAAGUGUAAAGAUUGACAUAUCAGUCGAAGAAACAAGUCAUGACAUAAACAUGACAACUGGCGGGGACUGUGCAACGCAGAGUAAAUUGAUAAACAGUGGAGAUGAAGAGGCACAGAAAUAUCUGUCUACAUAUGAAGACAGCACUCAUUCCAUCAUCACACAAGAAAACACAAACAGCAAGUCUGAAGAGAUGAAGGAAACUAAAGUGGAUGAUGCUCCCGUAAAUGUAGGAGAACAGUCGAAAUACUCCUGUGAACAAGGCCUGGAUGAGGAGACAAAGACAGAGAAGCAGAAACCAAGAGCCACAGAGUGUCGGCAGCCCGUUGAGGCUAAUUCAGAAGAUCUGACAGGCGAGGUGAAAAACAAACAGGGUGAAGACAUUAUUAUGGAAGAACUGAAAGGAGACGAAGUGGAACACAAAAGAAAUGUCAGCGAUAGAGACCCUGAUGAUGACGAAAACACACAGAUGGGGCACAGUGAAGAGGAUGAGGACAGAUAAGAAAAAGCUUGAAGAAAGAGGCACUCAGUCUUCAGGCUAGAGGAGAGGAGGGUGAUGCAGAAAGUGUAAAGAUUGACAUAUCAGUCGAAGAAACAAGUCAUGACAUAAACAUGACAACUGGCGGGGACUGUGCAACGCAGAGUAAAUUGAUAAACAGUGGAGAUGAAGAGGCACAGAAAUAUCUGUCUACAUAUGAAGACAGCACUCAUUCCAUCAUCACACAAGAAAACACAAACAGCAAGUCUGAAGAGAUGAAGGAAACUAAAGUGGAUGAUGCUCCCGUAAAUGUAGGAGAACAGUCGAAAUACUCCUGUGAACAAGGCCUGGAUGAGGAGACAAAGACAGAGAAGCAGAAACCAAGAGCCACAGAGUGUCGGCAGCCCGUUGAGGCUAAUUCAGAAGAUCUGACAGGCGAGGUGAAAAACAAACAGGGUGAAGACAUUAUUAUGGAAGAACUGAAAGGAGACGAAGUGGAACACAAAAGAAAUGUCAGCGAUAGAGACCGUGAUGAUGACGAAAACACACAGAUGGGGCACAGUGAAGAGGAUGAGGGACAGAUAAGAAAAAGCUUGAAGAAAGAGGCACUCAGUCUUCAGGCUAGAGGAGAGGAGGGUGAUGCAGAAAGUGUAAAGAUUGACAUAUCAGUCGAAGAAACAAGUCAUGACAUAAACAUGACAACUGGCGGGGACUGUGCAAGCAGAGUAAAUUGAUAAACAGUGGAGAUGAAGAGGCACAGAAAUAUCUGUCUACAUAUGAAGACAGCACUCAUUCCAUCAUCACACAAGAAAACACAAACAGCAAGUCUGAAGAGAUGAAGGAAACUAAAGUGGAUGAUGCUCCCGUAAAUGUAGGAGAACAGUCGAAAUACUCCUGUGAACAAGGCCUGGAUGAGGAGACAAAGACAGAGAAGCAGAAACCAAGAGCCACAGAGUGUCGACAGCCCGUUGAGGCUAAUUCAGAAGAUCUGACAGGCGUGGUGAAAAACAAACAGGGUGAAGACAUUAUUAUGGAAGAACUGAAAGGAGACGAAGUGGAACACAAAAGAAAUGUCAGCGAUAGAGACCCUGAUGAUGACGAAAACACACAGAUGGGGCACAGUGAAGAGGAUGAGGGACAGAUAAGAAAAAGCUUGAAGAAAGAGGCACUCAGUCUUCAGGCUAGAGGAGAGGAGGGUGAUGCAGAAAGUGUAAAGAUUGACAUAUCAGUCGAAGAAACAAGUCAUGACAUAAACAUGACAACUGGCGGGGACUGUGCAACGAGAGUAAAUUGAUAAACAGUGGAGAUGAAGAGGCACAGAAAUAUCUGUCUACAUAUGAAGACAGCACUCAUUCCAUCAUCACACAAGAAAACACAAACAGCAAGUCUGAAGAGAUGAAGGAAACUAAAGUGGAUGAUGCUCCCGUAAAUGUAGGAGAACAGUCGAAAUACUCCUGUGAACAAGGCCUGGAUGAGGAGACAAAGACAGAGAAGCAGAAACCAAGAGCCACAGAGUGUCGGCAGCCCGUUGAGGCUAAUUCAGAAGAUCUGACAGGCGAGGUGAAAAACAAACAGGGUGAAGACAUUAUUAUGGAAGAACUGAAAGGAGACGAAGUGGAACACAAAAG